AUGGUGGUAUGCAGCUUUUUUCAGCAGGGUCGCUGCAAGUUCGGAGAUCGCUGCAAGUUCGAGCAUCCUGGCAAACCUACUGCUGGUCCAUCGGGGAACCGAUUCGGUGCCUUAUCCGGAGGGUUUGGAGGUCAAACCCAGGCUCAACAAGCAGCCGACGCUGCAGUGAGGCCAAGCGAUAUCAAGGCAGACUUGACUGCAGGGCAGGGACGUCCGGAAUGGAUUUUCUCCGCAUACGCGCCCCACAAAGAUGUUGCACGUCAGCUGUUCGGUGGUGCUCACCGCGAGCGCAGUAUGGAAGAGAUGCGCCUGCGCCAUUAUGAAUUGGCAGCGGCUGGCAACCUGAACGAAGCGGUCCAAGAAGCCUCGGCUUUAUGGCAAGAGUGUGUGCAGCAGAUGGAGAUAUCACUGAAUGACCUGAAUGGUGCCGUCAAAUAUGUCGUUGAUGGCAGGAAUGAACAUCCCAAUCGACUUGACAUCAUUGAGGGCAAGACCGAGACUAGUAUGGGCCAAGCUCCAGGGCCAUUUGGCCAACCCUCUCCGUUUGGCCAGCAAAAUGUCGCCCCUACCCCUGCGCCUGGGGCGUUCGGCGCUCCUUCCUCGACCUUUGGCCAGGCUUCAGGACUUGGCCAGGCAGCUGGGUUCGGUAAAGUUUCAGCACCGGCACAGCCGUCUGGUAUGGGCCAGUCCACGGCUUUCGGACAGACUUCUGCCUUGGGUGGCUCCGCCUUUGGCCAAACCUCCACCCUGGGAGGACAGUCUGCCUUCAACAAAACACCUUUCGGCCAACCAGCUCCUUCUCAGCCAGGAAUUAACCCGAGUCCAUUCGGUAAGCCAUCUGUCCCAGGAAGUGCCGCCCCAUUCGGUGCUCCACCUGGUGCUUCUCCCUUCACCCAACUAGCUCAGAACCAGCCUGCUGCUGGUGGGUUUGGCCAGAGCGCUGGGCAAGCUGCUCCGUCGCCGUUCGGUCAAGCCGCUGCACAAUCUGGCCCGUCGCCAUUUGGCCAGCCAGCUGCCAACCCGAGCCCAUUCGGCCAACCAUCAGCCCAAGUAGGCGCCUCACCAUUCGGUCAGCCCUCAGCCCCAGUAGGCGCCUCGCCAUUCGGUCAACCUUCAGCCCCAGCAGCCGCCGCCCCAUUCGGUGCUCCACCCGCCGCUUCCCCCUUCACACAAGUAUCCCAGAACCAGCCUGCUGCCGGCGGGUUUGGUCAACCUGCCGAACAACCUGCCCCGUCUCCAUUCGGCCAGCCUGCAGUCCAAGGCGUGCCGGUGCAGACUACCAACGCCGGCCCGCGUGCAUACAUCAAAAUCGACAAUCCUCAAGACCUCAACCCCCUUCCACAACUGGAGGGCGAAACUCGACAUAAUCCAUCCAACAAACAGCUAGUGAUGUGGAAGGGGCGUCCGGUGAAGUACAUCAACGAGCACCCGUGCUACCUUCACCCACAAGACAACAAAACAUUUGUCCGAAUCAGCUUCCCUAACGGCCCCCCGAUCCAGCUACCUGAGGAAUAUACCCCAGAAGUCACUGAGGCAUAUCAGUUUUUCCUUCAAAAUGGUUACUUCAAGGAUGGCAACAUUCCUGCAGUACCUCCCAAGCAGGAAUGGCUCAGUUUCGACUUUUAA